AUGCGCAUUGCUCUCCUGUCAGACGGAAGACAUGAAUUCUCCUCCCUCUUCCGGCUCGUUCUCUUUCCAGCCUUCCAUGCCACGAUGGUAAGCGCUUCUCUGAUUCUUCUACAGGCCCAGCCUGUUGAAAUGAAAUAAACACGCGAAAAUACACCACUGGAUUGGUCGUUGAUGUGAAAAAAAAAAGUUAUAUGUAAUACAUUUUUCAGACGUAGUGUUUAAAAUGGGUUUCUAGCUGGGAAUGACGUCAAAAAUGGUUAGCUAGUUAGCCGCCUCAACAGGCACGCGCUUUAUGUGUGUGGCUGCUAGCUUACAGUGGGGUUCGUCUAUAGAAAUGAAUUGCUAUAAAUUGUCAACCAGGCGAUCAGCGCCAAACUGCAUAUUGGAGCAGAAUAAUAAUCGUUUUUUUGUCCACACAGCUGGUUGGAUAACUAGUAAACGUUAGAUCAACAGCAAGAAGAGGUUUUAACGUCGGUUAGUUAGAUAGUAGUUUAGCUAGGAAACUAGCUAAGUUAACGCAGUCAUGUUUCAAAGGCGCAAACAUUCUUGGUGUUUUCGUUAUCAGAAUAAUGCGGCACAGAUGAAUAGGGGAAAUCGAUUAUAUAAAUACAUCUGCGUUGAAUUUGUAUUAUCUGAUCUGUUCAGAAACGUUGUGGAUUGUGUGCCAGGUCACUAGACUAGUCUAGUAAGUUAGUCUUCUUGCUGGCUGUCACAUUGGUUUUAUAGUGUUAAAUCUAACUGAUAUCUUCUCCCCAGACUAAGAAGAGAAGGAACAACGGUCGUGCCAAGAAGGGCCGUGGACAUGUCCAGCCCAUCCGCUGCACCAACUGUGCCCGGUGUGUACCCAAGGACAAGGCCAUCAAGAAGUUUGUCAUCAGGAACAUUGUUGAGGCUGCUGCCGUGAGGGACAUCACAGAGGCCAGUGUGUUCGACGGUAAGUAGCUGCUGAAUGUCAUCAAACACACAUCAAAAAAUAUUGAAGGUAUCCAGUAUAAGGAUGGUGGAAUGUCAGUCUCUUCAGAUUCUGAAGUCAGGUUUUUUGGAGAUAUUUCUUCGUUCUUUUUUUUCUUUUUUUAUAUAUACAUCUGUCGCUUUGGGAAGAUUAUACUGGAUGAAAUGUGAAAGUAUCAUGAGCUCUUAUGCAUAAAAAGGCCUUUUUCCCCUGUACACGUUAUGGCUGGAUUGAAUGACUCGGUGACCUAGACUACAAUGGCUUAAUGGCAACUGUAGUAUCAAUAUUGUGGCCUAACUGUGAGGUGCUAUUGAUCUAACUCUGACUUUAUUGUCUCCCUUCCAGCCUACGUGCUUCCCAAGCUGUAUGUGAAGCUCCACUACUGUGUGAGCUGUGCCAUCCACAGCAAGGUGGUGAGGAAUCGCUCCACCGAGGCCAGGAAGGACCGCACACCACCACCCCGCUUCAGGCCCAGUGUAAGUUAUAGGACUCUUUACUUAGCUAUGCCUUUUAACUCCUAGUGAAGUUAAGGAUCUCAAUAAUGCAUCUCCCUUUACUCAAAACUACUGUAAGUACUGGGUUCGAUGCGAUUGCAGAGAUUCUGGAAGGGCGUGUUGGGUGGGCUUUCAUUGCAAAACCAUGUAGUCUAAGAAUGUCAAGUUAAUUUGACCUUGGCUAGUCAAUUGGCAAAAUAAACUUAUUGAUUACAAACCUGAAUGCAUGAUCUGAAUCUAUUUCAAUGAACCUAGUCUGAAUCCUGAAGCUCCUUUAAGGACAGGAAGUUAAGAUGGUAGACAAAGUGAAAGUAGAUCAAAAGCAUGUUCUGAAUAUUUGACUAAAUACUGUUUUUCUCUCUUCUAGGGUGGUGCCCCAAGACCACCUCCAAAGCCCAUGGGUUAAUGUCAUGGACCAUCCUAGGGAUCACUAUCAUUUUUAUGUAAACAAAUAAAAGUGAUUUAACUGUACAUCAGAA